AUGGCAGCAUCUCCUGACCCAUUAAUGGCGCCUGCGUCUCCUCUGUGUGAGGGCAGUAGUCCUCUCAAAGGUACCUCAAAUCUUGACGAAAACUGUAAAAUGGGUCCGAAAGAGAAAGAAAAGCAAUCACUGGCCUUUUCUAUUGCCAAGAUCAUGGAACCCGGUCCAAAGAAGAAUUCAGAAAUCCCAGAGAAGAGUAUUGCUCCUUUACUCAAUGUGAUGUUUGAAGACUUCAAUAAACGAAUGUCUCUCGUAAAUCCCUUGAUGGUAAAUCCACUGUUAUCCUUCCCACCAAUGAGAGGGAGGGAGGAAAUGGAGCAAAUAAACAUGAAUUUCCCUCUGGGACAACAAAGGCAUCCUCAAAUGAAUGUGGAUGCUGUCUAUGAACUCGCUCUCAAGCGUUUGAUGGAAACUUCGGGAAUGCAAGACCUGAGGUGCCACAUGAACAAUGUUUGCCCUCCGACUCGAUUCUUGCACCAAAGAUCUCAAGAGCUCCUGCGUCAUUACGGCUUCAUGUAUGCUGCAUUGCCACCUCAACAACUGAUCAGAAGCAACGGUGAUAUUGCUUGGGAAGACCUACCCUCACCAUCAAAUUUGCACUCGAUGGACUCCUCUAUGAUCCACAAGGUUAUCCGGCCUCAGCCAGUAUUGGCCAUGACGAGUGGAUCCCGGCAGCCGGACGAGUCAGUUGAUUCUGAGAGUCUGAUGCCACCCUCACAAACUAUGGGUCCCACCCAUUCCAGGUUCGUGUCGGAUCCGAAAUCCACGGCGUCGGACUCCUCGUCCAGAGACUGUCCCAGCCCGGUGAGGCAACAGAAGCGCAGCAACCACAACAAGCAGAAAACUUUCACGUGCCCCGAGUGUGGCAAAAUCUUCAACGCGCACUACAACCUCACGAGGCACAUGCCAGUCCACACCGGUGCGCGCCCGUUCGUGUGCAAGGUCUGCGGGAAGGGCUUCAGGCAGGCCAGCACCUUGUGUCGGCACAAAAUCAUCCACACUCAGGAAAAACCACACAAGUGCCACACUUGUGGCAAAGCCUUCAACAGGAGCUCCACCCUGAACACUCAUAUUCGCAUCCAUGCCGGCUACAAGCCAUGGGUUUGCGAGUAUUGCGGAAAAGGCUUUCACCAGAAAGGGAAUUACAAGAACCACAAACUGACUCACAGUGGAGAAAAAGCGUAUAAGUGUACAGUUUGCAAUAAAGCAUUCCACCAAGUGUAUAAUUUGACUUUCCACAUGCACACGCAUAAUGAUAAAAAACCUUACACUUGCAAAGUGUGUGGCAAAGGAUUCUGUAGGAACUUUGACCUCAAAAAGCACAUGAGGAAGCUUCACGACAGUGGACUUUCUUCAUCUGGGGUUGGACAUGCCCACGAAAACAACGCCACUGCAGCGGUAACAGUGAGUCUCAUCAAUCCGUUCUUUGUCUCUCCAAGCACCAGUUCGUAUAUGGAGCCAGGUUCUAGAAUAAUCUUGUAG